AUGUCACUUGACUUUGACAGCGCUGCUUUGCAGAUGCAACAUGAUGAAGAGGAAUAUGACCAAGAGGACUAUAUGAGGGAACAAGAGUUGCAGAAGCUCCUGACAGACCUUCCCCAUGACAUGCUGGAAGAUAGUGGAGAUCACCUCUCCAACUUCUCUGACUGUAGCGCACCUGAAGAGCAUGAACAAGUACACGAACCCUGGGAUCAGGAGGCCAGAUGGAACGAUCAUCCGAUGACAGCCAAUCCACAAAGUGGUCCGAACUUGUAUGCUGAGCGUUUCUUGUAUGAUCAAGGCAACAUUCAAGGUGAAAUGCAUGCCUCGGAGUGGCCGAAUCACAAUGCAGAUGAAGAAAGGAACAUGUAUGAGAUCUCUGGCCGAGCCAGUGACGAUGGGUCUGACGAUGUCUAUCUUGGAGGAGACGGCUAUCCGGCACCAAACCGCUAUCCCCAGGGCAACACAUAUCACCUGCCUGAAAACUUCAGACCCUCAUAUACAAAUGGCCCCCAGCAGGAGCUUAGUAACCAGCACAAAACAGCAAACUUUGUAGAUACCAAGAAGGAACACUUGAAGUUCGGCACUUCAGAGACUACUAACAGCCAGUCUGUGGAGCCUUACAAAGUAAUCUAUAAACCUUACCAGAAUAACAUCCAGAAACCAGUGACUGUUUCUCCAGAAGCUGCGAGAAGAAUCGAGGCGUUUGAGGACAUGCAGCAGGAAUUUCUGGGGACAGGUGAGAAUGCUCCUGACAACAUGCAGAUUCUCCAGCUUCAGGUUCUUAACAAGGCAAAAGGAAGGCAACUGGAAGAACUUAAUAAGCAACUGGAAGAGAGAGCACAGCAGAUUAGGUAUCUGUCUCAUCAGCUUUCAAUUGUCAAAGAUGAAAAGGACGGCAUGUGUCUCAGUCUCCAGGAAAGUCAAAAACUCUAUCAGAACAGCAAAGAAAGAGAAGUUCAGCUUGAAGGCCAAAUAAAAGCUUUUGAAACACAAAUUCAAACUCUGGCUGCCAAUGAGGAGAAGUUCAUCAAACAAGCCAAGGUAGCAGAGACUGCCUUGGAAACCACGCAGCAGCAGCUCUUGGAGCUCCGGCGCUCCGAUGCUCUUCAGCGCACGAGGGAACAGCAUGAGGCCAUCAUUGCAGCGCUUAAGCAGAAGUACGAAGAGCAAGUCAUGUCUUUGCAGGAGAAACUUGAUGCUAGGCUCUCGGAGCUGCAGGAGCAGACAGAACUCUGCUGUCGUCUAAGGGCGCACAUGAAACAACUUGAAAGAACGCUGGAAGAAAGCAAAUUAGAAAAAAAUGCGAUAAUCAAUCAGCUCUCAAGAAGCCUAGAAGAAAGCCAAAAUCAGUGUGCAAACUUACUGCAAACAGGUUUGGUGCAAGAGACAAAUCAGUUACGCCUGCAGCUUCAGCAAGCCCAGUCGGCACAGCUGAUAAGUAAUGAAAUGAAUAAGGCCCUGCAGGAAGAACUAAAGGAACUAAAAGAGGAAAUAGUUUUGUAUGAAUCUGCUGCAAAACAUGGUGUAUUUCUGAAUGACCCAAGAGGAAAUGUAGAUGUAAACAUGACAGACUCUUAUGCAGAUUUGGGUAUUAAGAAGGUCAAUAAGAAACCCAGACUUCACAGCGAGGCACAGAAUAAAGAACUGGAUAAAGAACUUUGUAAAGACGAGAUCAUCUUGGAGCUGAAGGCAGAAAUGGAGCGUUUACUAAACAGUAACAAAACAAAGAGGGACCGAGUUUCUCAGCUGCAGAAUAAUCUUAACGAGUGCCAGAGGACGAUAGAAGAACUGAAGCAGCUGCAGAAAGCAAAUGGGCAGGAGCCUCAAGGAAGAAAUACGGAAAGUCCAUCGGAUAUCUUACAAUCCAAUAUAUCUGCUAGUGAAAAUAAUCUUAAAGAAGACAUUCUGAGGCUCCGGAAGGAAAACCAGGUUUUGCAACAGGAAAUUGAGAGCCGAAGCGCACAUAUUCAGGAACUUGACAAAAAUGAGGAAACGCUGAAAAAAGUAAAUCAGGACCUCUGUAGUCAAAUGAGACAGAUGGUUCAGGACUUUGAUCGGGAUAAACAAGAAGCCAUUGAGAGGUAUGAGAGAACAUAUCGGCAACAUUAUGAAGACAUGAAGAAAAAGUAUUAUGAAGAGCUCAUGGAAGAGCAUGCUGUAGAAAAAGAAAAACUCAUCCAAGCUUAUGACGAGAACAUUGCAAAGUUAAAAGUUGAAAUUGAUGAGCUGAACAAAGAGAUGCUUACAGUAAAGGAAUGUUACAUCACAGUCUGCAGAGAGAAGGACGGACAGGAGGCUGCUCUGAAGAGAAAGUUUGAACAGGAGCAACAACUGAAGGAAGAGAAUUUCAAGAAACAGCUCCUGGAGGAAAAAGAAAAAUCUUUGAAUGAUUUGAGAGCUGAGCUAGAGGAAACAUACCAGAAUUCUGUUAUGACAGCCAAGGCCAAGUGGCAGGAAGAAAAAGAAGCUGACAUCAAACAACGUGUUGAGAAUGAAGUGGAAAGAGUCAAAGCGGGUUGGGAGAGAGAACAGAAAGAGAUCAUAGACCAAGCUAUUCAGGAGGUUGAAAAAGAGUGGCAGCGUAGACUGACUCACGCUCUGGAAGAAAGCAAGAGAACCGUUGUGGAACUCAAAGACUGCUGCAGCCAAACACAGCCGGUGACCAUCACAGAUGAAACACUGAGCCAGCUGAUGGCAAAGGAAGUUGAAAAGCAAACAUUGCCCUUGCAGGAGGCACUGAAAGAAAAGGAGAGGGCCUUGAGAGAGCACGGAGCAAGUCUGGAAAUGAGACACCGUGAGAACAUUGCCCGUCAGGUGGAGGCGGCCCUGACCAAGGCGCAUGCCAGGUGGCUGCAAGAACUGACUGAGCUAGAGGAGUAUAAAACUCACCUGAAAGCAGCUCAGGAAAAAUGGGAGAAGGAAUACGAAAUCAAGACAGCAAAACAGGUAUCAUUGGCUCUUUCAGCAGCUGAAGAGAAAUGGAAGAAGGAACUUGAGAAUGGUGACCAAACUAGAAUGAGGACCAAAGAGCUCGAGGAGAAGUUCCUUUCCCUUAAACGAGAACUGGAGCUCAAGAAAGAAGAAAUCCCUGCCAUUGUUAAAGCAGAACUGGCGAAAGCUCGGACUCUGUGGAACAAGGAAAAGCAAGAGGAGGUCCUUGGGAUCCAGGAACAGAAUGAAAAAGAUUAUCAUUCGUUUUUACGUGACCACCGUCAUCAAAUCAACGAGUUGCUGGCCAAGGCCAAGGAGGACUUUGCAAAGCAGAAGGAAGAGCUGCUGGAACAGAAAGAGGCGGACCUGAAGGUGUGCUUGGAGAGAAAGUGGCAAGAAUGGGCCAUUCAGGAGGCGAAGAGGUUCCAAAAUGAAAUUCACCAGUAUGAAGACAGGACUCUGGUCCAGGUGGAACUCCUCUUAGAUGAAAUGCACAAGGAUUUAACUAGGUGUGCCGGGGAUAUGCCUGCUUGGCAAGCCAAAUGGCGAACUGCUCCCCAUGUUCAAGUCAACCUCCAGUUCAAAGACAGGCUGAUACUGUGUCUGCAGAAGGCAUAUACGAAUGCUGCCUAUGCCAUUCUAGAAAAAACCAAGCCAGCAGGGAUCAAGGCACCUGAGGAUUUGGACUGUGAUUCCAAAGAUCCAGCCCAUCCUUGCUUGCAAAGUGGCGAAGGAGAGACUGGGGACAAAGCAAGGCUGUCCCUGUACGAUGUUGGAGAGCAGGUAGAGCUGCAGAGAAGAUUAAGAAAGCUACCAUCUCCUCAGGAGACUGAAGCAGACAAUGCACCCAUGUUUAUAUCCCAUUGGUCAUUUGCAGAUUCAAAGUGCUUCUUAUCCCAAGAAGACUUUCGCUGCAAGCAUUGUCUCCAGCAGCUUGAAAGAAAAGAAAGGGAAUGUCAGGAUUUGAAAAAGAAACUUGACAAAGCUUGCAAGCAUCUCCAGCUAACGGUGAAGGAGCACAAAGCUAAAUCAGAGCAAUGGCAAGAAAAUGAAAAAAUGGUGCAGACAUUACGAGAGGAAAACAUUGUAAUGAAGAGCCAACUUGAAGAGGUGAAACCAGGCAGUGUCCCGCCAAGAUCAUUAUCUGAGGGGUACGUUUCAAAGCCUUGUCCUUCCUGUGACGGAAAAGCCUUGGAAGAAAUGCGUUCCCAGUAUAUUAAAGCUGUGGGCAAAAUUAAGAGCGACAUGCUUCGUUACAUCCACGAAAGUAAAGAGAGAGCGGCCGACAUUAUUAAAGCAGAAGUGUUAAGGGAGCGCCAGGAGACUGCCCGGAAAAUGCGCAAAUAUUAUCUGAUUUGUCUUCAGCAGCUUUUGAUUGACGAUGGGAAGCAUGACGGGGCUGAGAAGAAAAUAAUUUGUGCUGCUGGCAAACUUGCUACCAUGGCCAAAAUCCUAGAAACUCCGGUGCGCAACUCAUCGCAGAGUGAAGCUGCUCGUUCAGCCCUGCCCCAGAAUUCCAAGCCUUUUGCUGAGGUCGAGGAUCCUAAAGGAAAUCAUAUUCAUCAGUCUAAGCAAGCCUCAGCAGAAAUUAAUGCUCAUGGUAGAAGUGUUGCCAAAAAGGCCUACCAUCAAGUGCCUCAGAAACGUAUUCCUUGUAACUUAAGGCAGCAACUUGAGGCUGAAAACCCGUCUCCUCUGUCUUCCAAUAACCUGGGUGGUGGGAGUUCUUUUAAGCAACUGGACAAUGUUUCGGUAGGUGCUGUGACCUCAACAAAGGCUUCCACUGGUGACAGGAAUGCACACAAAGGUUUGUCUCACGCCACGGAUGCUGCAGCAUUCCACAAUCAUUCCCCGCACAUUUCAGAGUUCCAAAAUGUGAAUCUAGCUAGCUGUUCUGAUGAUGGAUCUUACUCUAGGGGAGCUUGCGUCAUGCCUCCGAACCCAAAUGAAAGGCCAGUCUCAAAAGAAUUCGGAUGUAUCCAGUCCACUAGGUAUCGGAAGGCAGCUCCUAGCAAAACUCAAGGCUUUGAUUUUCAGGAAACUCCAGUAAAGGAUGACAGAAGCGCCACUGAUUGUUCCCUGGUUAGUGAGACGCUACACUUGGAAAGCAACAGCAUAUCUUCAUAUCCUGCUCAAAAAGCACAUCCUAGCACCCAUGGAAAAUCCUGCAACCGGUUUCCCAUGGCAAACCAAUUUUCUCACGUCCAGGAAGGUGCUUCUGGUUUUUGCCAACAAGCCAGCAGUCACAGAGAAAAGUUUCUUGUCACUACAAGCCAAGUCUCAAAUUGCAGUAAAGGCUCUCUGAAGAUGAACCCGGGUCUCACGCCAUGUCAGAAUGCAGACAGAUUAAGUCCUCCUAGUGCUCAGCAGAGCAGUGCAGUAUUGUGCUCAACUGCAGGAAAAAACUACAACUUGCUGCAUUUGAGGAAACAGAUACACGAGAUGAAGGAUUUCCAGCAGGACAGUGGUUUUGACAGCCCUCAGAUUAACUUUGAUUAACAUCAAGGGCUCUCUGAACAUUCUCAUAAAAGAGAGAGUUAAAUAUAUUUAAACGAAAGUGAUGGGAAGAGGAGACUGUUGUGCUACAAACUUCUGAGGUGCCUUUUUAUGCUUCUUGACUUCCUAAUUUGGCUGUUACAUGAACAAACCAACCCCAAAUAUUUAUGCAGGUUUUGGAUAUGUCUUUGCUAUCUGGCUGUGUAUAAACUGUCUUUUUAUAUAAAUGUUUGUGUGUGUGUGUGUGUGUGUGAGAGAAAUGAUCUAUUUUUAUAUCUCAAGA